AUGGGAAAAAAUAAUAAGAAAGAAUUUGAUGACUCCUCAAGGAGUGAUGAAGAAUAUAAAUAUGAAGGUAGUGUAGAUACAGAAGUAAAUAAUAAAAUAAAUGGAUUAAAAAUAAAUUCUGAAAAGGUAUUAGAUCAAGACUUUAACAAUUUUAUUAAUAAUGAAUUUUUAGAUCUUUCAGUAUCCCCUUCAUUAGAUUUAUCACAUAGUCAUCUUAUGAGUAUUAAGAAUGGAAAGGAUAGCAACAAUUUGAACAAUCUUAAUUUAACGGAUAAAAAAUAUGAAAGUGUAAAAGGAAAUAAUCAAAGUGAAAAUAGUGAAGGAUACAGUACUGAUGCAUCAAACAAUGAAGUUAAAAAAAAGGAUCACUUAAAUAAUGGAUAUCAAAAAGAAGUAUCAAAAAUGUGUGUCGAAAAAAAUAGCAUCGAAACAAGUGUAAUAGAAACGGGUGAAGAAAAUCAAUCAGCAAUUGUUGUUGCACCAAAUAGUAUAAAUUAUGAUAAAAAAUAUAAUAAUGAUUAUACAAAUAUAUCUAAAGUAAAUGAUUUAUCAUUAGGAAAUAAUUAUUUAAGUAAUAGUAUGGCAUCAAGUAUGAUGACUUCAAAAGAAACAGAAUUAUGUUUUAUAAAAUAUUUAACAGUUUGUAAUUUUAAAAGUUAUGAAGGUGAAAAUAUUAUUGGGCCUUUUUCAAAAUUCACAGCAAUAAUUGGACCCAACGGAUCAGGGAAAUCAAAUAUUAUGGAUUGUAUUUGUUUUGUUUUAGGUAUAGAUAAUAAAUAUUUAAGAAUAAAAAAUUUAAAAAAACUUAUAUAUCAUAAAGAGAAUGAAAAAAUAGAAAAUAUUACAAAAAGAAUAUGUUAUGUUAAACUAACCAUUGAAAGUAAUAGUAAAGAAACUGUAGAAUUAAAAAGGACUUUAAAUUAUAGAGGUGUUACAAAUUUUUAUAUUAAUGAAAGAUUAGUAAAUAAAGAUGAAUAUACACAUUUUUUACGAAGAAAUAGAAUUGAAACCAAAACAAAAACUUGUCUAAUAUUUCAAGGAGAUAUAGAAGAAAUUAUAAAUAAAAAACCAACGGAAUUGUCUAAACUUUUUGAAUAUAUAAGUGGAUCAAAUGAAUAUGAACAAAUUUAUGAAGACAUCAAAGAAAGACUUAAAGAGAAACAAAUUGCUUGUAAAAAUUAUUUAAAUGAAAAAAAAAAAAUAGAACAAGAAAUAAAAAUACAUAAAAUGCAAAUGAAUGAAAAUAUCGAACAUAAUAAACUUAAAGAAAGUUAUGAUAAUGAUAUAAAAAAUUUAUAUCUAUUUAGAUUAUAUCAUUUUUUAAAAAAAAAAGAAUUUUUUAAAGAACAGCUAGCUAUUUUUAAAGAUCAAAAAAUGGAAUUCGAACAAGAGGUCUUAAGUAAAAAUAAAGAUACAGCAAAUGAUUUAGAACGAAAAAAAAUUGAAAAAAAAAAAGAAUUUUUAAAAAUUGAUGAACAAAUAAAAAAUAAAAAAAUAGUUUUAAAUGAUUUGAAAAUAGAAAUAAAUGAAAUACAUGAAAAAAGAAAAUUUUGUCAAGAAAAUUUAAAUAAAAUUAUAGCAAAUGAAAAAUUAAAACAAGCUAUGCAAACACAUUGUACUAAAUUUAUUGACGAUCUUAAUGAAAGAUUAGAAGAACAAAAUAAAAAAUUAGAAAAUGAAUAUAAAAAUAAAUUAAAGAUAUUCUUAAAAGUGUUUAAUAAAACAGAUCAAAUAAAAAAAUUUGUAAAAGAAAAAAAUAAAAAAAUUUAUGAUAACUUAAUUAAAGAAGAACAAUGUGUAAAGGGAAAUAAAAAAUUCGAUUUUGAAAAAUAUAACAAUGAUGAAGAAUAUAUAACUAGCUUAAAUAUAAUACAAUAUAUAGAAAACUUAGAUGAAUAUAAAAAGAACAAAGAAGAUUAUUUAUAUUUAUGUGCUAAUAGUAACAUUAAUAUUAAUAAUUACACAAACCUUUGUUCAAAUUUAAAGAAAGAUAUAAAGGAACUACAAGAAGAGUGCGACAAUAUUAAUAGGAAAAAACAAAAGGAACUCAUAGAUCUAGAAGCAGAAAAAUUUGCAUAUGAUGAAAUAUCAGAACGAAUAAAAAAAUUAAAUAAUUUAAUUGAACAAGACAAAAAUAAGAUCGAGCAAAAUAAAAUAAAAUUAAAAGAAUGGAAUUUAAAUAUUUUAGGAAAAGAAAAACAAAUAGAAAAUUUAGAAGAAGAAAUAAAUGUAUUAAAUAUACAUAAAAAAGAAUUAUUAUUUUUUGACAAAAAAAAAGAACUUAUAAAAAAUUUAAAAAAUAUUUUUGGACAAGAUGAAAUAUAUGAUGAGAUAUCAAACUUAUAUGAAGUAACUAAUCAAACAUAUUAUACUGCUAUAAAUAAUAUAAUACAUAAAUAUAAUAACUUUUUAUUAGUUAAAAAUUUAGAAACAUGUACAAAAUGUAUACAGUAUCUUAAAACAAAUAAAAUGCAUAGAAUGGAUUUUAUACCUUUUGAAAAUUUUAUAAAAAAUAUUGAAAAAAAAAAAAAAAGACAAGGUAUAAAUAUAGAUGAAAAUGAAUAUCUAUAUGAAGACAAUCAAGAUAUAUAUUCUGGAGAUAAACAAUAUUCAGAUUUAAGUAAAAUUGAAAAAGUAAUAAAUAGUUUUAAAAAAAAAAAUAUAGUUCUUGCAAAUAAUUGUUUAGUAUGUGAUGAAAAUUAUAAAUUAUUGUUUGAUUAUCUUAUUGGAGAAGACACAUUAAUUAUUGAAAAUUUUGAAGAUGCUGAACAGAUAAAAAGAAAAUUUCCACAAAUAAAUGUAAAUAUGGUUACUCUAAAUGGACAUAUAAUAUCUAAACAUAAUAAUUUAAUUAUAGAUAUAUGUUCUAAAUAUUCAGACCAUGAAAAAUAUAAUAAUAAUAAGUUAAGUAUCAGUAUAUAUAAUAAACUUUUGAAUCAAAAAGAUGAGUGUAGAACUUCAAUUACUGAUUUAAGUAAAAAUAUAAUUGAAGCUAAUGAAAUAAUAAAUAAACACACUAAUGAGUAUGAACUAAAUAAAAAAAAAUACUCUAGUAUAAUUGUAAAAAAAAAUAUUUUUGAAAAAGAAAUAGAAGCAAAAAAUAUGCUUAUAUGUACAUAUGAAAACAAAAUUGAUAAAAUACAAAAUGGUGAAUUAAAAAAUAAAAGAAAUUUAUUAAGUAGUUAUGAUGAAGAACUAAUUCAAGAACGAAAUAGUUUAUCUUCCUAUCAACAAAAAUCGUUUGCAUCAUUGAACACAAAAUUUAAUGUAUUGAAUGUUUAUGAGCUUGUUGAGAAUAGUAAUAAUGAAUUGGAAAAGGUAGAUGAACAUAUAAUAAGAAUUAAAAAUAAUAUUAAAAAAUUAAAUGACGAUAUAAAUGAAUUAAUGGAUAAAAAGAAUGAAAUGAACCUAUUUAAUAAAAAAGAAAAUAAACAAAAUGAAGAUACUACACAAGAGUUAGAAAAAUUACAAAAUGAAGAAGAAGAAACUAAUAAAAAAAUGGAAGGAAUACAAACCCAUAUUGAUGAAUUAGAAAAUAUUAAAAAAUAUAUACAUAAAAAUAUUAAUACUAUAAAUCAAGAGUUAAAUGAAUUGAGAGAUAAUAUAAAUUCGAGUUUUGAAAAACAUGAAUAUAUUGAAAAUAAAAUACAAAACUCUAAAAAAAAAAUGCAAAUAUAUAGACAAUUCAUUAAAGAUUUACUAACUGAAUGUGACAUAAAUAAUAUAAAUAUUUUCGAAACAAAUGUUAUGCUAAAAAAUAAGGAAAGUGAUUAUGAUGAUCAGUCGGUAUCACAUUCAAAUGAGGAAAAAAAACGAGCAGGCAAAAGAAAAAGACACAACAAAUCAAGACGGAAAAGUAAGCUUUUAGAAGAUGCUGACUAUAGUGAUGACCAUGAUAAAUCGGAUAGUGAAAGUCAACGUAUGAGUAGUAGUGACGAUACAGAUGAAUCAGAUGAUGCAUCUAAUUUUGAUAAUAUUUCUUUUGAUUUGAUUCCAGAUGAAUUAAAACGAUUAGAAAAUGAAAAUGAUAUAAAUAAUGAAAGAGAAAGAUUAGAAAAUGAAAUUGAAAAAAAAAAAAGAUUUUUAAAAAUAAGAAAUGUAAAUAAUAAUGCUGAAAAAGAAUAUGAUAAAUUAUUAACAAAAUUAAAAUUAGUUGAUACAAAUUUAAAUGAAGGAAGAAAAGAAUGUAAUUUAUUUGAACGAAAUUUUAGAAUAUUACAAAAAAAGAGAUCAUAUAAAUUUUUACAUUGUUUUAAUUAUAUUAAAAAUAUUAUAGAUAAUGUAUAUAAUAAUUUAACAUAUAAUACAAAACAUCAUGUAGGAGGUCAAGCAUUUUUAGAUUUAUGUAACUACAAUGAAUUUAAUAAAGAUGAUGAACCUUUUUAUUGUGGAAUUAAAUAUAAUAAUAUGCCACCUAUGAAACGAUAUUUUGAAAUAUCUGAACUUAGUGGUGGUGAAAAAAGUAUUAGUGCAUUAGCAUUAAUAUUUUCUAUUCAAAAAUAUAUUAAUAAUUCUUUUAUUAUUCUUGAUGAAGUAGAUGCAAAUAUGGAUCCUAUAAAAAUUAAUUCCCUAACUAGGUAUCUUAAUUCUAUCAAUAGUCAAGUUAUUGUUAUCUCAUUGAAAGAUAAAUUUUUCAGUAAAAGUCAAACCCUUGUUGGUGUUUACAAAAAUAAAAAUAAAAAAUGUUCAAAAACUAUCACUCUUGACAUUAGCAAGUACCGCCAAGACGCCCCAUCGGCAAACUAA